UCGCUUCUCCUUCUCGACAAUACUACGUCGCCUCUGCCAUUCACGCCCCAUUGUACGGAGACUUGCUGGCUGGCCUUGCAUAACCACACAACGACAUUCUCUGGUCUCGUCUCAAGACGCGGUAGAAAGUCAUAACCGUGGAUUGAACCUGACCGGCCAAUCCGAGGCGACGCCUCUCUAGCUAGUCACACACUGGCUAUUACGAGCGAUCCCUACGGCAGCAACUGAUAUUUAACGAUCGGGAGACAGACGGCUUGGCCGUUAAGGGGACGCAAAGAGGCUCCCAGUCAAGUUUACUAUACGCUACUUGGUUCUGUGUUACGGAAGGAGGAGCUCGUUGUCACUGGAACGUCUAGGACAGCCCCUUCCCCAUGUUUCGCCAACGUACGAGUUCGCAAAAGCCAGGGGAUGAGUUAUUGGCCAAUUUUAGAGAGCAGUUUCCAGAAGUCGCUUCGGCCACAGGUGCGCAGGCUCAGGCUAGUCAGCUCGCACCAGCACACAGCAAUGCUGCUGCCCCCUUGGUUCUCGAGAGCAACAGCAACAACCAUGAUGCGUUUCGAGACCAAGAUCCGACGCCGAAACCGUCAAACGACCCGUGGAGAUUCACGCCGUCUUUGAUGGAUCCGAAUUCUUUCUCCUUCGCCAGCUUUGCAAACGCACCCCCUGGGUAUUAUACUCCUACUCCCGGAGGUACGAACACCAUCUACCACCCCCAGGCUGGUGACCUGCACACACCGAACAUGGGGCCUUCCAUGGGCCUCGGCACUCCUCUUUCGAUGCCCACAUCAGAGAGCGCCGCUAUUCCUCCCACGGCCUCUAUGAUGGACAUCUCUGGAUUUCAGACACUGCAACCUCACCAGUUUGCCCCGUUCAACACGUUUAUCCAGCCCCCUACGCAUCAACCCACAUUCGCGCCAUCAUCUUUCGUUCAUCAAGACACGGGUUACGAGACCAUGGAGCAAGAUGGCUCGCCAAUGGAUUCCGGCCCCUCACCGGGCCAGAUGACGUCUCUCGAUGGCGCCUUGCACCACGCAUCCCCCAUGCUGGGCUUACAGAAACGCCAGUUCAAUGGGCUGGCAAUGGCUGCUCUUCUUCCAAGCUCAGCAGAGAAAUUUCGCUUCCACGCGACACUGAACGCUCCCACCGCCAUGAUCAAGCAUGCCGACGAGAUUCCGGUUACCUAUCUCAACAAGGGCCAGGCUUAUUCCCUCUCCGUCGUAGACACCAAUGCCACACUUCCGCUUCCCGCUGGAACCAAGUAUCGCACCUACGUACGCAUUUCAUUCGAAGACGAACAGCAGAGACAGAAGCCGGGGGUUUGCUGGAGUCUGUGGAAGGAAGGGAGAGGAACGAACGAGGCGCACCAACGAGGAGGGAAACUCCAAGCUGUCGAAUUCGUCGAAGCCAAAGAUAUCGCACGUGAGGGAGAUGACAGGCGGACCCGGGUCGAGCUGGAGUCGUCUUCAUUCGACGGGUUCUCGGUAACCUGGACACCGGGUGCCAAUGGUAGCCCGGAUUGCAACAUCGCUGUCCGGUUUAACUUCCUGUCGACCGAUUUCAGCCAUUCCAAGGGUGUCAAGGGGAUUCCCGUCAGACUCUGCGCCAAGACCAAUCCCGUUACCGCCGAUUCCGGACAGUCCGGGACAGAUGGUGAGGCCGCCGAGAUCUGCUAUGGCAAGGUUAAACUCUUUCGAGACCACGGUGCCGAGCGCAAGCUCUCGAACGAUGUGGCACAUGUCAAGAAGUCCAUCGACAAACUGAAGCAGCAGAUUGCCCAGGCCGAGAGUGGGCUUAAAGAUCCCACCAAACGCAAAAGGUCGGCUGCGUCGCAGAUGAAGGUGGCAACAGGGGACGCGCGACCUGGGAAGGUGCAGAAGCACAAACGAACCUGGUCCAUGUCUUCGGCUAGCUCCGCCGGUGGAGGCAACGGCGGGAGUGGCGGGGGUCGACCACCCAUCGAAGAAGAGUUGCACUUUAAACUGCAAACGCUCCAGGACAUGUUCACGAGCACUCGGCCAGUUAGCGUGCUGUAUCUUCGCGGUGAUGACUUGGAUGACCCGGACGUUCAUCCGGUAUCACUGCCUGGGGAAUCGAACGAAAUGAUGAAAGACGGGUCUCGGGAGGGUGCGCAGUGGCAGGCGCGAAGUGGUCGGAGCUCGCUCGCGGGAUCUUCUUUAGUAUCGCCGUCGCCCAGCUCACUUUCUCUUGCGUCUCAGGCCUCCGCCGCGCCAAAUCGUCAAUGGGCAGGUUUUGAUGGGGAGGGUUCCGGAGAGCCCUCAUCUCGUCAAGGAUCGGCCCAGCCAACGAAGGUGGCCAAGCUGGACCAAUCGGGGAACCUCAGUGGCUGGAUCGAGGCUCUGGGCGUGGUCCCUACCUAUCAAGCACCCCCUGAACGAGUCCCCAAACCGGUCGCUUGUUUUUACGUUCUCCGCAGGGAGCCGUCCAGCCAAGGGACACACGAUCUAUACAGAGCCAUCUACCUGGCCCAGCGAACGCUCAAGGAUUUCAACUUCCGCGUGGCUAUGAAGUGGAAUCUCGAUCCGUCCAAGAUUCUCCGGACUGUACACGUUCUCCAGCAGGGCCUCGAGAUUGAAAUGGACGACGACGUGGUUCGAGAGCUCAGGGAAAGCCAGGACAUGGUGCUAGAGGUCGCCGAGGUGCAUCCUGAUGGUUCUGACCAUGUCAAGCAGGAAUGGGAGAUGGCUGUCGAUCCGUCCGAUGCUGAAUCCGGCUCCACAGCUACAUCACGAGGACAGGCCGGAUAUGAGCUUCGGCUCAUGUUCUAAUACGAUACGACUGUGUAAUCAGGCCGACUUGCGGCCUCCCCGGCCUAUCCAGCAGAUCAUCCUCCAAGAGGCAACGCAUCGGCGCGCGUCCAUAGUUGGUUAACAUUCUUCUUCGUUGCUUCAGCGUCUCCGCACUUGCUUUCAAGAUACCACCAACUUAGAGAGGUGCUGCCCCCCCCUUUUUUUUUGGUUUUGAGAGAGAGAGAGAGAGUUUUCUUUUUGCCCCUGU